AUGGGAUCGUGGAGUUAUGAGGAGGGCUUCUUCGCGCAGGAGCCGUGGUGGAAGGAGGCAACCUUCUAUCAAGUCUACCCCGCAAGCUUCAAGGACACCAAUGGAGACGGCUGGGGAGACAUCCCCGGCGUCUUGUCAGAGAUAGACUACCUCCACGAGCUUGGCGUCGACUGCAUAUGGCUGUCACCGGUGUUUGAGAGCCCUCAGAAGGAUAUGGGCUACGAUGUGUCAGAUUACCAAAAGAUAUACGCGCCAUACGGCACGGUAGAGGACGUCGACGCACUCCUAGAAGCCUGCCACGCGCGGGGGAUGAAGCUCAUCCUGGACCUCGUCGUGAACCACACCUCGGUGGAGCACGAGUGGUUCAAGGAGUCGCGCUCCUCCAGAGACAACCCAAAGCGCGACUGGUACAUAUGGAAGCCGGCCCGGUACGACGCCGACGGCAACCGCAUGCCGCCCACCAACUGGCGCGGCUACUUUGCCUGCUCGACCUGGACCUGGGACGAGCACACGCAGGAGUACUACCUGCACCUGUACGCCACCGACCAGCCGGACCUGAACUGGGAGAACGAGGAGUGCCGCCACGCCAUCUACGAGAACACCAUGAAGUUCUGGCUGGACCGCGGCAUCGACGGCUUCCGCAUCGACACCGUCAACAAGUACUCGAAGCGGACCGAGUACGCGGACGCGCCCGUCACGGAGCCCGACAUGCCCCACCAGCCCGCGCCCGAGAUGUGGUGCAACGGGCCGCGCAUACACGAGUUCAUCCGGGAGAUGCAGGCCAAGGCCCUGGCGCCCUACGGCGCCGUGUCCGUCGGCGAGCUGUCCAACACGCCCGACCCGGCGCAGGUCCUGCCCUACGUGACCGCGGCGGCCGGCGAGCUCGACAUGGUCUUCGAGUUCUCCCUCAUCCGGCUCGGCACCGGCGGCCUCCUGAGCGGCAAGUACAUCUACCGCCCCUUCGCGCUGUCCACCAUGAAGGAGCUCGUGUCCCGGUGGCAGACCUUUGUCGAGGGCACCGACGGCUGGACGACCGUCUUCUGCGAGAACCACGACAACGGGCGCGCCGUCUCGCGCUUCGGCGACACCUCGACCCCCCAGCUGUGGCGCGCGUCGGCGAAAGCCCUGGCCCUCUGGCAGGCCACGCUGACGGGCACCCUCUUCCUCUACCAGGGCCAGGAGAUCGGGCAGACCAACAUGCCCGCCUCGUGGGGCGUGGACGAGUACAAGGACAUCGAGGCCGUCAACUUCUACGCCGAGGCCGUGCGGUCCGGCGACGCGGCCCGCGUCCGCGAGACGCUGCACGGCCUGAGCGUGCUGGCGCGCGACCACGCGCGCCUGCCCUUCCAGUGGGACGGCUCGCCGCACGCCGGCUUCACGUCCGCCUCCUCGGCGUCGGCCCGGCGGCAGCCGCCGUGGAUGCGCGUGCACGACGACUACCGGGAGAUCAACGCGGCGCGGCAGCGCGGGGACGGGGACUCGGUGCUCGAGUUCUACAGGCGGGUGCUGCGCCUGCGGAAGCGGUACCGAGACCUGUUCGUCUUUGGCACCUUCCGGCUCGUGGACGCCGAGGACGAGGCCGUGUUCAGCUACGUCAAGGAGAGCGCCCUCGCCGCGGAGGAGGUGCCCGGCGCGCCCAAGAGGAAGGCCCUGGUGGUGAUCAACUUUACGAGGGAGGAGCAGACGCACCCGGACGUUGGGACGACGCUGGGCUGCAAGGGAGCCCGGUGCCGCCUGCUGGCCGAGACGGAGACGACGACAUCGAGCGAUCCGAAACCCGGAGUUUUGGCGCCGUGGCAGGGCAAGGUUUUCGUCAACUUUUGA